AUGGCUCUCUCCGCCCCCAGCACAGACCCAACAACCCUCCUCGCCCAAGAAUCCAGCGAGCCCUACCUCUUCCGCACCUUCACAACCGAAACAGCCUGGACCCUCGGCAACGCCCUCCGAACCCGCCUCCUCUCCCUCCCGCCCUCACACCGCAAACCAGCCCUAAUCUCCAUCUCCCUCGCCACCGCAACCGGGCCCCCUACCAGUCCCAGCACGCAACACAUUCUCUUCCAAUGCGCAACAGAAAAAGGGACCGUCCCCGAUAACGAGAAUUGGGUGCGUCGCAAGCGAAACACCGUCCUGCGGUGGGGGAUGUCCAGUUGGGCUAUGCGGAUGAAAAUUGUUUCCGGCCUGGCUGGCGCAGCAAGUGCGAAUGAAGUUGAGGCGGCGUUUGUGAAGAAGUUUGCGUUGGCGAGUGGCAGUGGGGGGUGCUGUUGCGGAUGA